CAUUUGUUGUUUUACACUCCCUGUGGCUUGGACUUACUUUGAUUCCCCGACCACCAAGCCCAACCUACAGCGGAAGUGAACCGGUAAGGAGGCGAUGAACGGAAACGGCAGGAGGCGAUGAACAGAAACGGCUGGAGGAAGACAAGACCAGUGGAAGAAGAUGACAAGGGUUUGAUUUGGAAACUUCCGCCGCUUAAGCUCAAGGAUGUGGGUAAGGUCGGUCUUGCUUUCAGUCUCGGCGCUGGUUGCGGUGUCGGUUUUGGUGCCGGCCUCAUUGGAGGUGCUAGCUUUGGUCCUGGAAUUCCUGGCUUACAAGUUGGCUUUGGUUUUGGUGCUAGAUGUGGGGUUGGCUUAGGAUUUGGCUAUGGUGUCGGUAUGGGCGUUGCUCGUGAUGAGAACCGUUCAUAUUCUAAUAUUAAAAGCUUAUUUGGCAACCAACAUCCUCCUCUGUAGGAUAAAAUUGGUGGCCUAAUUGACGAGCUUGUGAUCAAUACCAAGAAGGUAGCUAUAGCAGCUACUAGGGAAAUUGAAAAGUAGAGAAUAUGAUUGAACUUGAAGGAUGUAUGUUUUGUGAAUGUUGAAUAGGAAAGGAACUCUUAUUUCGAGUAUAGCGUUGCAUAAAAACCCCUCUUGACGUAGAUUACUUAUUAUAAGUUUAAUAUAUGCUCCUGUUUAUA